UUAAAGUUCAUAGCUUUAGUAGUUAAGAAACGUGCCAUAUUUACACACAAACGGCCAAUUCACACCAUUUGACCUCUGUGACCUUGAAAAGUACGCCACAUCGACCUGAUUUUUUGUCAACAUGUAGAGCUACGUAACAGGUGUCUACAUACCAAAUUUAAAGACUAUAGGACGAAUAAAGACAAAACGUGCCACUAUCGGUGAAAUUUUAGAGUUUGACCUCUGUGACCUUGACAAGUAGGUCAAAUCAAAAACCCGUACGAUAUGUGAUGUAUCCUUGCUAGGGGUACCCACCAUAGAGAUUUUAGCAAAAACAAAUCACUAAUAAACGAUUUAUCGCACUUUUUAAGUUUUUGGUUUUAGCCCCCUGGUGGCCAGGUGAAGAAUAAGACCGGACCGAAUUUCGCUGCCAGAGGUCAUGUGACCUAGGUCAUAAUGUGUACAAAGUUUCAAGUUCAUAGCACAAGCGGUUAAGAAACGUGCCACACAGGAUAAGGACGACGGACACACGGCUAUCGUAUAGACUCCCCUGACGUUGAGCCAAAAAUGGCGGUCCUGGGCAUGGCACAGAUAGAUGACAGCAUUUGCAACCGAAGCCUAACAGUCCACCAUGCAGUGCUACAGGCAAACUUGACAGGAGCCCCUGCGGGCCAAACCCUUCAGGCAUGUCAGGCUAAGGAGAAAGGCCAGAAGAGGAAAGCCCCAGAAGCCGCUGCAGGGGCACCCCCCAACGUGGAGCAGGGAGCUGACAAUAACAAUGUCCUGGCCCCUCACGCUGAUAAUGAGGAUCCAGCAGUACGUCUAAAACUCCUAGAAGGGGAGGUCAAGCGCAUAAGACAGACGCAAGAAGGCACAUCAGUCCAAACAGCCCUCUCUCAGUCGAGGUUCCAACCCGACAGAUGGGAACUCAACACCGGAUUCGAUCCUCUAAAAGCUACUUCCGAACGUAGGUCACCAAGGCGGACCGAGUGUCGGGGUUCGGUGCCCUCUCUCUCUUCGCCCACUGUGCUGUUACUAAAAGUUUGGGAUGUCAAAGGUAAAAACUGGCAAGACUGUCUUGACUCACUCUCCCUAAGAGACCCUAAUUCGUUCGUAGCGGGGCAGCUACACACAGAAAAGCAAAACUGGUCCAUACUGCUCGAUCAGGUUAAUGAUAAAGAUUCUAAGUUGGUGGAAAAGUGGAUUUUCAACGAAGUUGAAAUAGUGGAUUUCUUUCAACCUUUUAAGGGUUACUUCAAAGGGGAAUUCUAUGACUCAAAGCUUCCCCCGGCAAUGGUCUUUCAUAACGCGCCAAAUUGUGCCCAACACAAAGAGGAUAUCGUGAGUCAUCUAGAGGAAGGUUUGCGUAAUGGUUCGCUUGAGCUAGUAGGAAAGGUUGGAGAAGUAGACCCCCCUCAUCUUGUGAUGCCUCUCCUGAUGGUUGAUGGCAAAAGGAAAAAGAGGCUCUGCCAUAAUGAGCAGUUUUUGAACUUAUGGAUGCGCCACAUUCCGUUCUCUCUUGAGGGUCUCUCUCUCCUUCCUUCCCUACUGGAUCAAGGGGAUUUUAUGGCGUCGUCUGACGAAAAAUCAGCCUACUUGGGAGUUCGCUUAUCUCCAGCUUCGCGAACCUAA